AAACCAUCAAUUAACCCAAACCCCAAGAACGAACUCCCCAAUUCACGAAAAUGGCAGCUUCAUCCAUGGCCCUCUCCUCCCCAUCUCUCGCCGGCCAAGCCGUCAAAUUAUCCCCCUCCGCCUCCAACAUCCUCGGCGAAUCCCGCGUCACCAUGAGGAAAACCGGUGGCAGACCCAAGCCCGUCUCCUCUGGAAGCCCAUGGUACGGUCCAGACCGAGUCAAGUACUUGGGCCCAUUCUCCGGUGAGCCUCCGUCCUAUCUGACCGGGGAAUUUCCCGGCGACUACGGCUGGGACACUGCUGGGCUCUCCGCCGACCCCGAGACCUUCGCCAAAAACAGGGAGCUGGAAGUAAUCCACUCAAGAUGGGCCAUGCUUGGGGCUCUGGGAUGCGUCUUCCCCGAGCUCCUGUCUCGCAACGGAGUCAAAUUUGGCGAGGCUGUGUGGUUCAAAGCUGGGUCUCAGAUCUUCAGCGAAGGUGGGCUCGACUAUUUGGGGAACCCGAGCCUGGUCCACGCUCAGAGUAUUUUGGCUAUUUGGGCGUGUCAGGUUGUGCUCAUGGGUGCGGUCGAGGGCUACAGAAUUGCUGGUGGGCCUCUGGGUGAGAUCACCGACCCAAUAUACCCAGGUGGGAGCUUUGACCCACUGGGGCUGGCCGAUGACCCUGAGGCCUUUGCAGAGCUUAAAGUGAAGGAGCUCAAAAAUGGGCGAUUGGCCAUGUUUUCCAUGUUCGGUUUCUUCGUGCAGGCCAUUGUCACCGGCAAAGGGCCUUUGGAGAACUUGGCCGACCAUUUGGCUGACCCUGUUAACAACAAUGCCUGGUCUUACGCCACUAACUUUGUACCUGGAAAGUGAGGACUCUGUCAUAUGUUCAUUAUAUUUAGGUGUUUCAUGUCGUGUAAUGUA